AUGCCGAGAUUCCGCACCGUGUCCAGCAUGGACAAUGCACCACCACCUCCGUAUUCCGCCAGAAGCCCUUCCUCAAGUCUAUCACCAAAUCGCGUCGCACACAACCCGUUGAUGCAGCUCCGCCGCUACAUUAUCGAAAUCAUGGGCUUCACCUUCGACGCCGACUUUUCCCUCCUCAAUGAGGCGCUUGGCCAAACAGCAUCGACCAUCUCCACAUCCCCAACCAAUUCGAUCCUCACUCCAGCCGAGCACGCUGAACUCCUCAGUCUAAUUACGCUGAUCGAAGAGCUCAAGGCGAAAAUUUCAAACACAAGCACGCAAUGGCUCACUGUGCGCUCCAGCGACCGCGAAGCCGUCGCCAAUGCGGUGAUCAGACCUGCGCUCUAUCUUGGUCUCCCCGCAAGCUAUGUCCUCGAGCUAAUCAGCACAUACGCCUCGCAUCAAUGCAAUAAAAGCAAGCGCCACCUCAGCUUAAUCUCGCAAAGAAAGCCCUACUUUUACAGCCUAUUCAGGAGCCUGGCCUUCCUCGGCCCGUUCAACAUCGUCCUAGGAUUAUUCACGAACGAACUAUGGUCACACGCGCACAUAAUUAACAUUGCGGCACCAAAUGAAGAGGUGCGCAUUGUGCUAGGAAAGGCGAUGCAUGUAUACCAGAGGCAGGUGCUGGGCAUCCAGGAGGUGCAGCAUAUAGAGAAAGUCUUCGAAGGUGAUGAGUGGAAAAGCCUAAAGAAAGAGCUGAUAUCAAAGGAUGAGGAACACCGAAUCGAUGCUGCGAGGUGGUGUAGAGAAUGGGAGGAGGCGGACAAGAAGGUUGAAAGAGGUGGCCUAAGAUAUUCUGCCCGCCAAAUGGAGAACCCGGAGGCCCAGACUUGGGCCGGUAUCGUGUACGGCGGACUCUCCGGCGUUAUCUUCUCGUUUGCGAUGAAGAUAUUUAACGUCUUUUUGUUUGCGAUUUGCCUCUCGAAAAGGGGCAGGGGGGCGAGGGAGUGGGUGGAGGAGAAGGUCUCCCGCUAUGACCUGUGGGAGCAGGAGAAGAAGAAGAAGGAAGAGGGGAAGAUGAAGGAGGAGAGGAGAAGGUGGGUGAAGGAGGGGAGGAGGAAGGGCUUGGAGGAAGGGAUGAGGAAGGGCCUGGAGGAAGGGAGGAGGAGGGAGAAGAGGAGGCUUUGGGGGUUGAUGGAGAGGGAGCUCUCCUAG